GAUGAUGCUAGACUUAAUUCUUUCACAUUUAAUAAAUAAAUGGUAAUUUGGGGUUUGGUUGUUUUUUUCAAGACACCAAUCACUUCCCCCAAAAAACCCCAAAACUAAGGUAACAACUAGAAUAGUUUGUGUGCAGUUUCAAGAUAAUUUUAGGAGAUAUUGAAAUAUACCCCCAGAGAGGUAGAUUUAGAUUAAAAGUCAUUUGGGGAUGUGUUUAUCACUUACUAAAUGGAGGUAAACAACAAUCCAGCGACUUCACAAGAAUUUUCGUCUGUUAAUGGAUAACACUCCGGGAGAGGGGAGUGUAUUUUCAAAGAUCAGAAAGAAUUUGAAGGGACUUAAAUGUUCAUUAAGCCCUUUUAUCUGCAAAGUAACUUGAGUUAAUAAAAGAAGUCAAAAGGAAUCUCUGCUUCGGUGACCCGGUCCUGCCCAGACUUGUCCGUUCGGCUCAGCACUCCAUCCUGGGGUCACACACAGUAGGGAAGGGAAUGUUUUCAGAAUGAACGAGUGAAUGGUGCGCGUGCGCCGUGGGCCAGGAGCAGGGAUGUUAGGCGCAGUCCACACCAGGGCAGAGGUUUAGGGUUGAAGGAGGCCCAAAGCCGCUGUCGGUCUUGUCUCACUCCAGGCACCUGCCUUUCCGCCUGGUUGCUAUUUCUGGUGGUUGGGUCAACUGGUCUCUGCUUUUCUGACGUAUUUCCAGGAAAGGUGUGCGCCUGAGUCGGAGGCCCUGGAAGUCCAUGUUAACAGCGAACACUGAGCCCUCCCGCUGCGUCCCCAGCCAGCUCCCCCAGCUCUCACUCCGGUCGCUCCAGGCCCAAGGCCCUGAGACCCCCAGGCCGGAUCCUUAGCUGGAGAGGCUACGUUCCCGCAGUUCUUCCGCAUCACGUCGGGACAGGGCUCCCUGCUCUCGGUCCAGCCGCCUCCACCCCCAGGGCUCAGACACGGCCACGUCCUCGAAGGCCACAGCCUUGGGGGCGCAGGUGUGGAGCAGAGAGGGAGAGAGACCCGAGAGUGGGAGCAGCUGCAGUGAGCUGCCGCCCAAAGUGAAGGAUGCUCGCAGAACCCGUCUCAGCUACGCGGGAGCCAGAGCAGCUUGGAGCAGUGAAACUGGAGGAGGAGGAGUCUGCCGGCCAGGAGGACCCCAGGCAGCCAGAGGCCAGGCCCCGGCCUGAGGUGGCUCACCAGCUCUUCAGAUGCUUCCAGUAUCAGGAGGACAUGGGGCCGAGGGCGUCCCUGAGCCGGCUUCGGGAGCUCUGCAGCCACUGGCUGCGGCCGGCUCUGCACACCAAGAAGCAGAUCCUGGAGCUGCUGGUGCUGGAACAGUUCCUGAGUGUGCUGCCUCCCCACCUCCUGGCCCGGCUCCAGGGCCAGCAGCUCAGGGACGGCGAGGAGGUGGUGCUGCUGUUGGAGGGUGUCCAGAGGGAGUCUAGCAACGUGGGGCCACUGGACUUUAGUUUUAAUGCUGGCAAGAAUUGUCCCCGUGCAGACAUCACCUUGGAGGAACAGGGGGGCCCUUCCCAGGUCUCCAGCCACAGCCCCAAAAAAGAAAUGCCCUCAGAAGGGCCUCCAGCCGUGGAGCCACCAAAUGAACUCCCACCAUCCCAGCCAGGACCUUCCAAGCCUGCUGAGCUGGGGGCCUGGAGACAUUCCCCAAGUUCAAAGCAGCCCCAGAGCCCAGGUCCCAAGAGGACAUUUCAGGCCCUGCAAGAGAGCGCCCCCCAGGGUCCCCCGCUGUGGCCGGAGGAAAACUCCCGGGAUCAGGAGCUGGCAGCUGUGCUGGAAUCCCUGACCUUUGAAGAUGUCCCAGCGAAGAAGUCUUGGCCUGUGCACCCUCUGGGAUUUGGAAGCAGAACCCCAGACGAGGAGUUUAAAGAAGAGCCCAAAGGGGUUGCCUGGCCCGCUGCCACUUCAGCAGAGUCUCGGGCAGAUAGUCCCAGGGUGGCGGAAGAGCCCCAUGCCCCGUCACUCGGGCAGGGCCCUGAGGUGAGCGGCACCGGUGAAGCAGUGUCGUCUCCCAGCAAGAAUGACAUUCUGGAGGUCAAAGUGGCCGGGGAGGCCUCCAAGUCGCAGCCAGAGAUGAAGGUCAUCUGCACAGAGUGUGGAGUGAGCUUCCCAGAGCUGGCCCGCCUGGAGACGCACCAGCUGCGGUCUCACCCAGGGUCGCGCUCCUUCCCAUGCCUGUGCUGCGGAAAGAGCUUCGGCCGCAGCUCCAUCCUCAAGCUGCACAUGCGCACACACACGGACGAGCGUCCCCACGCCUGCCACCUCUGCAGCCACCGCUUCCGCCAGAGCUCGCACCUGAGCAAGCACCUGCAGACGCACUCCUCUGAGCCCGCCUUCCUAUGCGCCGAGUGCGGCCAGGGCUUCCAGCGCCGGUCCAGCCUCAUGCAGCACCUGCUGGCCCACGCCCAGGACCAGAAGCCGCCGUGCGCCCCAGAGACCAAGACUGAAGCGCCGGAGCCAGCCGUCGUCCUGUGCUCCCACUGCGGCCAAACCUUCCAGCGCCGCUCCAGCCUCAAGCGCCACCUGCGGAUCCACGCCAAGGACCAGGGUCACCAGUGCUCCGAAUGCUCAGGCAGCUUGCGCCCGGGCCCCGAGCGAAGGCCCUAUGUGUGCAGCGACUGCGGCAAGGCCUUCCGGCGCAGCGAGCACCUGGGGGCCCACAGGCGCGUGCACACAGGCGAGCGGCCUUUCUCCUGCCAGGUCUGCGGCCGCAGCUUCAGCCAGAGCUCCCAGCUGAUCUGCCACCAGCGAGUGCACACGGGUGAGAAGCCCUAUGGCUGCCCGCACUGCGGAAAGCGCUUCGUGCGCCGAGCUGGCCUCGCCCGCCACCUCCUAACCCACGGCGGCCCGAGGCCCCAUCACUGCACCCAGUGCGGCAAGAGCUUCAGCCAGACGCAGGACCUCGCCCGCCACCGGCGCAGCCACACUGGCGAGAAGCCCUGCCGCUGCAGCCAGUGCGGCGAGGGCUUCAGCCAGAGCGCCCACCUGGCGCGCCACCAGCGCAUCCACACCGGGGAGAAGCCCCACGUCUGUGACACCUGCGGCCACCGCUUCCGCAACAGCUCCAACCUGGCCCGCCACCGCCGCAGCCACACUGGCGAGCGCCCCUACGGCUGCCAGACCUGCGGCCGAAGCUUCCGGCGGAAUGCCCACCUGCAGCGACACCUGGCCACCCACGCAGGGGCAGGGGACGAGGCGGUGAAUGGGCAGGCUGAGCCCCCCCAGGAGUGCCUGGAGUGCGGCAAGAGCUUCAGCCGCAGCUGCAACCUGCUGCGGCACAUGCUGGUACACACUGGGGCCAGGCCCUACUCGUGCACGCAGUGUGGCCGCGGCUUCAGCCGCAACUCCCACCUGCUGCGCCACCUGAGAACGCACGCGCGGGAGACCUUGUACUAGCUGCGCCGCGUUCAACCGGCCUGCCCUGCGCACAUCUCCUAGGCGUCCUCCGCAGCCCAGGCCUGCAGUGUCUGUCCCUGUCCCCCCACCCCACCCGACCUCCCUCUGGGUCCACCAACUCUGCAUGUUAGUUCUGCCCUUCCCCAGAGGCAUCUCUUCCUGGCCUCAGGAAUGUAUGUCAAAAUGCUCAAAGUAAAACAGCCUUCUGGAAAGUG